UCGAAAAGUGCAAAAGCGGUGAAAAAAGUGCAACGAAAAUCGUGAAAAAAUCGCGCUAACAGCCGCGUGCCACGCGAGCAGCAGCAUGAAAAUCAAACGCUACCCUGGCAAGGCGGUCGACGCCAGCCUUUCACUGGACGGCAACAAUGCAAUGGGUGUGUUGUACGAAGCGAAUUGGCUGCAGGCGCAUGAAAACUUCAACACGCGCAGUGAUCCUGCCGCCGCACAACUUGGCUCACCCACACCAAUUACCAACAAUAGCGCCGCCUACCCCACCACAACCACCAACGCCGCCACCACAGCGUACACACCCACACGCCACCCACACACAGGCGGCAGUUAUCUGGUCGAGGGUAUUUCCACGCUACGUAAGUACCAAAUGAGCCUGGAACAGAUAAGCGCUUUGGAGCAACAGAAUCGCGAUGAUCGCAUCGUGAAGGCAAUCAAAGAUUUAAAUGGCUAUAAACCGUCAACGUUGCGCCGCAAGCCACAGCAAUUGCAUGGCGAAUGGGAUACGCAGGCCGCGACGCUGAAUGGCAGCGAUGGCGGCAGAGGCAGCGGCAGCGGAGGAGAAUCGCAUCGUCACAACCGCCAACACAACGACAAGUCAACGCCAAUAAAGUUACAACGGGCAUCAACACAAACACAAAAACAACAAAAUCACUAUGUGGUCGAUCCCACAGCGGAACGUCAGCAACGUCCACGUCAACAGAUCUCUGCACAACCGCCAGCGCUAUUGCUAAAACGUUCACAAACGAUGCUCUAUGCACCAACCAAAUCGAAACAAUCGUCGCCAUCCUCCACUCGCGUCUCGGCGGCGUCUAACUGCUCUUCCUCCUCCACGCUGGAUAUCAAAGAUUUGCGUCGCAUUUGGAAAAUGGAGCAGGAAUUUAAAAAGUCUAAAUCAGGCAUUGCGCUUGCGUCACACUGCAAUGCGUCGGAAGCCGUAGCGGCCAACGCACAACAACUGCCAACCGUCAUAUCCACACAACCGCAGCGUCAACGCACACCACUACUACUGCCCACAACAAGCAGCAACUGUGAUAGCAAUUUGAAUGGCACUGGUGGCAGCGUCGGCGAAGCGCCAAAGCCCAAGCCACGCAUAGCAACAAUAAAUCGCGCGAAAUCCAUGCGUCUACCCGUUGCGGAAAGCAGUUUAGGGCAAACGUCGAAGAAACCUUUGUCCGCACGCAGACUCACACCACCCAAGCCGCCACCACGUCGGUUAGCGCCAGCGUUAAAUGGUCGCAGCUCGCCGCAGAAGCCGUUAGCAACAACGCCCGUGCUCAUAACUGUAGAUGUGCCGUUGGACGAUGAUGACGACAACGACCACGUUGCGCAUGCGACUUUUGAUCAGCCCAUUGGCAAGAAUGAUUUCGAUAUGCCUGCGCGACCACGCAGCGCAGAUAGUUUGGUGAAUGGCAUGGCAGGUAUGUCGCUGAGUGUCGACCAUUACCAACAACAGCAGCAGCAGCAACAACACCGUGGUAGCGCUUCUUCGACGAAUAGCGCCUCCGACGAUCAAUUCAGCAUUCCUCGUCCGCGUCUACUCGUGCCGGUACAUACUUAUGCGCGCAAGCGACGCACUGGUAAUCUGCGUGAUCCCAGCGUUAGUGGUGUACAGCCGGAGAUCGAAGAGAUCCCCAGGAAUGAGGGUCGCGUGGAGGUCUCACGCGAAGGCAAAUACCUGUCGACACUAUCCGGCGCAAAGGUUUUGGGUGAAUUGGCCAUAUUAUAUAACUGCCAGCGUACAGCGACCAUUACUGCUAUAACGGAAUGCAAAUUAUGGGCCAUAGAACGACAAUGCUUCCAAACGAUAAUGAUGCGUACUGGCCUCAUACGGCAAGCGCAGUAUACAGAUUUUCUCAAGAGCGUUCCCAUCUUCAAGAACCUCCCCGAGGAUACGCUCAUCAAAAUUUCAGAUGUGCUCGAAGAGACCCACUACCAAAUGGGUGAUUAUAUUGUACGUCAAGGCGCACGCGGUGAUACCUUCUUUAUCAUAUCGAAGGGACAAGUGCGUGUGACGAUCAAACAGCCCGACACGCAAGAGGAGAAAUUCAUACGCACACUCAUCAAAGGUGAUUUCUUCGGUGAGAAGGCAUUGCAGGGCGAUGACUUGCGUACAGCAAAUAUUAUAUGUGAUUCUGCCGAUGGCGUUACUUGCCUGGUGAUCGAUCGAGAGACGUUCAACCAACUCAUUUCGAAUUUAGAUGAAAUUAAGCAUCGUUACGAUGAUGAAUGCAUAGUAGAGCGUAAAAAAAUUAAUGAGGAAUUCGAUAAUGUGAAACUGACCGACUUGCGUAUCAUCGCCACACUUGGUGUUGGUGGUUUCGGUCGUGUCGAACUGGUGCAAAUUAACGGUGAUAAUAGCCGCUCGUUUGCGCUGAAACAAAUGAAGAAGUCACAAAUUGUCGAGACACGCCAACAGCAGCACAUUAUGUCCGAAAAGGAAAUUAUGGGCGAGGCCAAUUGUCAAUUCGUUGUGAAAUUGUUCAAAACAUUUAAGGAUCGCAAAUAUUUGUAUAUGCUGAUGGAAAGUUGUCUGGGUGGCGAGUUGUGGACAAUAUUGCGUGAUCGUUUUACAUAA